AUGGCUAGUAGUAGACAAGAGAUAAAAUUAAAAAAUGAAGUGGAAAAUAAAAAAAAGUUAACUAAUACUUGUGUGUGUUCUUUUGAAGAAAAUAAUAAAAAUGUAAAUAUAAAAUUAUUAGGAAAUUUCCACAACAUAACACCUAGUAAUGAUAAUAAAAAAGAGGAAAACACAAUAGAAAGCAUAAAAGAAAAAAUAAUAAGGAAAUGUAAAAUAGAUGAUAUGAAUAAUAUAAAAAAUAGUAAUAGUAGUGGCAAUAAGAGAGAAGAGAAGAAUAUAUUAAAAUAUUUGAAUAUAAAUUGUUCAAAACAAAAAUCUAACGAAAUUAAAAAAGAAAAGAAAAAAAGAUCCAAAUUAAUGAAGCAAUAUAUAACUCCAGAUGUAAGUAUGUCAUCUAAUGAGAAGAUCAAUUAUUAUAUAAAUAAAGAGGUUAAGAAAAAGAUGAAUAAAUUAAAUGAUAUAGAAAAUGUAAGUUGUUCGUCAUACAAAUGUUUUAAUGAACAAAUUAAUGACAUGAAAAAAGAAGAUACAGAAAAAUUAACGAAUUGUUGUAAUGAAACGAAUGUAUUAAAUGGAAAAAAUUUUAAAGAUUGUAAUAAAUUAUGUAAAGAAGUGAAUGAUGAUAAUCAAUCUCUGAAUAAUACAAAUCCAUGUAAUUAUGAUAUAAAAAAAAAAAAUGUAGAAAAUAAUAAUAUGUAUGAUAAUUCAUAUGUUCAUAUUAAAGAAAUGGGGAAUGUAAAAAGUAAUUAUUCCCUUAAAAAAAUUAUAGAAUAUAAUGACGAACAAUUAAAAAAUAUAUUUAAUAAAAACAAAGAAGAUGACACAGAUUCAAAAGGUCAGCAUAAUUGUGAUAAUUCUUGUGAUCAAUAUUUACAGACCUUUUAUAAUAUGGAAAAUCAGGAUUUAUGUAAAAAUAGCAAAAGUAAUAAUCUAAAGAAUCAUAAUAUUAAUAUAGAUAUUAAUAUUCACAUGAAUUCAAGUAUUAAUGUUAAUUGUAAUUCUUAUAAAAAAAAUAGUAUAAAAAUAAAUGAAGUUGAUGAUUCCAUGCCUCCCAGUGAGCACAAUACAUUAUGUUAUGAUGAAGAAAUAAAAAAGAAUCAUUUUAAGGAGAAUGAUUCAGAAAAUAAUAAUAUUAUGAAAAAGAAAUCCUUUGAUGAAAAGGAGUGGGUUCAAAUUAAUGAAUCUUAUAAUUUUUGGGAUUCGUUAAAAAAUAAUUUGAGAAAUGUAUUUUUAAUAAAAAUGGAAGAUGACAGUCAUAUAAAGAAGGACGACGAAGUGAAGAUGAAUGAUGAUGAGACUAAAAAGGAUAAAAGCAGAGAAAAUGUAUUAUGUGGAUUAGAAGAGGAUAAUAAAAUGGGAAGUCAAACUAAAAGUGUUUCUAAUAAUAAUAAAAGUGUUGAUAAUAAUAAUAAUAAAAGUGUUGAUAAUAAUAAUAAUAAAAGUGUUGAUAAUAAUAAUAAUAAAAGUGUUGAUAAUAAUAAAAAUGUUUAUAAUAAUAGACCCUCUUGUGAUGAGCGAUCAUUUCCUUUUCCCGUAGAUGUAUAUGUAAAAUGCCUAAAUUUCCUCAAGUUAGAAACAAUAUUAAAAUGCGAACUAUUAAAUAAGAUGAGUUGUGAUAUUAUAAAUAAUAGAUUGGGUGUAUUUACAUAUAUAAGAAAAUUAAAUUUAGAUGAGAAAUGGUCUAGCAUUCCAAUAUAUAAAAGACAAUUUUAUUUACAUCAGAUGAGAAAUAUAAGACAUUUAAAUACAUCGGAAAAGAUAUAUGUAGAGAAUGGUAUGUAUAUUCAUGAAGUAGCAGCAAUUAUUUAUCAAAAUUUUUCAAGUUUGAAAACAAUUGAAUUAUUAUCACCUGAAUAUUUUAUGAAUGAUAAUACACCUAGACAUGAGCCUUUUUCCUUAUAUCCAUCAGUAUUUGAAAAGUUAGAAAAAUUAACAAUAAUAGGAUGUCAGACGUUAGAAUGGUUACACAUAUUUAGAAAUUGUUCUUUUCCUUUAUUAAAAAAAUUUGAAGUUUGUUAUUAUCCUUUACAUCAUGAUCAUUGGUAUUGGAAUUUUGUUUUUGAUUUCACACAAAUAGGAUUACAAGGUUUAUACAAAAUAUUAUAUACAAUGGAAAAUUUAGAAAAAUUAAUAAUAGGAUUUGAUGUAUGGUUUGAUAAUUUGGAAGGGCAUAUAUAUAAUCCUUUAGAAAGUCAUAGAAAUGAAUUACAAGAAUAUCGUAUAAUAAAUAAUAAUCGAAAUGGUAGAUAUAAUAAUAUUUCUUCCUUAUCUAUUCCUCCAGCUAAUGGAUAUCCUUCUAGAAUUUUUAAAAGUUAUCGUGGGAAAUUAUGUGAAGAAGAUUAUAGUGAUAUAUUUACAAUAGCUUAUUAUAUGUCAGGAAAAUGUGGAAAAUUAACUCGUAUAAUGAUAAAGUAUAGGGAUUCAUAUGAAUAUUAUGACGAUGAAAUUGGAAAGGAUGAAGUUGUAAAUGAGUUAAUAUCAGAAGCAUCUAAUACAGCAUCUACUUAUUACAAUUAUGUUUUAAAUUGGUUUAGAUCAGCAGAUGAAAUUGUACCGCGCGCUUCCUAA